UAAUACUUAUUACACUUUCACUCUGAAUAUCACAUUUACAAAAAAUGGCCCAUUAAUUUUUGGGUUUUAUACAGAAAUAUUUCUUUCUUGAAAAAUGGAGGCAAAUGGUGGAUUGGUGGCUGGAUCUCAUAAAAGGAAUGAAUUAGUCAGAAUUAGACAUGAUUCUGAUGGAGGGCAGCCAAAACCAUUGAAGAAUUUAAAUGGGCAGAUAUGUCAGAUUUGUAGCGAGACUGUAGGACUAACAGAAACCGGUGAUAUAUUUGUUGCUUGCAAUGAGUGUGCUUUCCCGAUAUGUAGGCCAUGCUAUGAGUAUGAACGAAGAGAGGGAAAUCAGUUGUGUCCUCAGUGCAAGACUAGAUAUAAACGACACAAAGGGAGUGUGCGAGUUGAUGGCGAUGAUGAUGAGGAUGAUGUUGAUGACUUGGAGAACGAGUUUGAUUAUCCUCAAGGAAACAAGGCAAGACGCCAAUGGCAGGGAGAGGAUCCUGGUCUUUCUUUAUCUGCUAGACACGAGUCUCAACAAUCAGUUCCCCGUCUCACUGGUGGCCAACAAGUAUCGGGUGAAAUUCCAAGUGUUACUGACAAUUUGUCUGUAAGAAGUACAUCUGGUCCACUAGGCCCUGGUGACAAGCAUGUACACUCACUUCCAUAUGUUGAUCCUAGACAACCAGUUCCUGUAAGAAUUGUAGAUCCGUCAAAAGACUUGAAUACUUAUGGUCUCAGUAAUGUUGACUGGAAGGAAAGGGUGGAAGGGUGGAAGCUAAAACAGGAUAAGAAUAUGAUGCAAAUGAGUAACAAAUACAACGGUGAAGGAAGAGGAGGUGAGAUUGAACGCACUGGAUCGAAUGGAGAAGAAUUGCAAAUGGCCGAUGAUGCUCGCCAACCAAUGAGCCGUGUGGUGCCUAUUUCAUCUGCUCAUCUAACUCCGUAUCGUGUUGUGAUCAUUCUACGGUUGAUCAUUUUGGGUUUUUUCUUGCAAUACCGUUGCAGUCAUCCGGUGAAUGAUGCUUAUCCUUUGUGGUUGGUAUCUGUUAUCUGUGAGGUGUGGUUUGCGUUAUCCUGGCUUCUCGAUCAAUUCCCAAAAUGGUUUCCGGUUGAGCGUGAGACCUACCUUGACAGGCUUGCAAUGAGAUAUGAUAGGGAGGGAGAGCCAUCACAGCUAGCACCUAUUGAUGUGUUUGUGAGUACUGUGGAUCCUUUGAAAGAACCUCCGCUCAUCACAGCAAACACUGUGCUGUCAAUUCUAGCUGUGGAUUACCCUGUGGACAAAGUCUCAUGCUAUGUAUCUGAUGACGGUUCUGCUAUGCUGACAUUUGAGGCACUCUCCGAGACCGCUGAGUUCGCAAAGAAGUGGGUACCGUUCUGCAAGAAACAUAGCAUCGAACCCAGAGCACCUGAGUUCUAUUUUGCUCAGAAGAUAGAUUAUUUAAAGGACAAGAUUCAGCCUUCUUUUGUCAAGGAACGUAGAGCAAUGAAGAGAGAAUACGAAGAGUUUAAGGUGCGGAUCAAUGCUCUUGUAGCCAAAGCACAAAAGGUGCCGGAAGAAGGUUGGACAAUGCAAGAUGGAACUCCAUGGCCCGGAAAUAACCCGAGGGAUCAUCCAGGAAUGAUCCAGGUUUUCUUAGGACACAGUGGAGGUGUUGAUACAGAUGGAAAUGAGCUACCGCGCCUAGUCUAUGUUUCUCGUGAGAAACGUCCCGGUUUCCAACAUCACAAGAAAGCCGGUGCUAUGAAUGCUUUGAUACGAGUUUCUGCCGUUUUGACCAAUGGGGCAUAUAUAUUGAAUGUCGAUUGUGAUCAUUACUUCAACAACAGUAAAGCUUGUAAAGAAGCCAUGUGUUUUAUGAUGGAUCCUGCUUAUGGAAAGAAGACAUGCUAUGUUCAAUUCCCUCAAAGAUUUGAUGGGAUUGAUUUGCAUGAUCGAUAUGCUAACCGCAACAUUGUCUUCUUUGACAUCAACUUGAAGGGGCUAGAUGGCAUUCAGGGCCCUGUCUACGUGGGGACAGGGUGUUGUUUCAACAGACAAGCUCUCUAUGGAUAUGACCCGGUAUUAACCGAGGCAGAUUUAGAACCAAAUAUUAUCAUAAAGAGCUGUUGUGGUUCACGAAAGAAAGGAAGAAAUAGUAACAAAAAGUAUAUAGAUAAUAAAAGAGUAAUGAAUAGAACUGAAUCAACGGUUCCCAUGUUCAAUGUGGAGGACAUGGAUGAGGGAGUUGAAGGUUAUGAUGAGGAAAAGUCUCUACUCAUGUCACAAAGAAGCUUAGAGAAGCGAUUUGGUCAAUCUUCGGUAUUCAUUGCUGCUACUUUUAUGGAGAUGGGAGGUAUUCCACUCACCACAAAUCCCGCUACCCUUUUGAAGGAGGCUAUCCAUGUUAUUAGCUGUGGUUAUGAAGACAAGAGUGAAUGGGGUAAAGAGAUUGGGUGGAUUUAUGGAUCAGUGACGGAGGAUAUUUUGACGGGAUUUAAGAUGCAUGCAAGAGGAUGGAUCUCUAUUUACUGCAUGCCUCCACGCCCGGCCUUCAAGGGUUCUGCUCCGAUCAAUCUUUCUGAUCGUUUGAAUCAGGUUCUUCGGUGGGCUUUAGGUUCAAUUGAGAUUUUACUGAGCAGACAUUGUCCCAUUUGGUAUGGAUAUAAUGGUAAACUGAAACUCUUGGAACGACUGGCCUACAUCAAUACCAUCGUCUAUCCUCUCACCUCAAUUCCACUACUUGCUUAUUGUGUGCUUCCAGCUGUCUGUCUUCUGACCGGAAAGUUUAUCAUUCCCGAGAUUAGCAACUAUGCUAGUAUUUGGUUUAUUCUUCUUUUCAUUUCCAUUGCUGCAACCGGAAUAUUGGAGUUACGGUGGAGUGGUGUGAGUAUUGAAGAUUGGUGGAGAAACGAACAAUUUUGGGUCAUCGGUGGGACCUCUGCCCAUCUCUUUGCCGUCUUCCAAGGUCUGCUCAAAGUUCUUGCUGGAAUCGACACUAAUUUUACUGUUACAUCGAAAGCAAAUGAUGAAGAUGGUGAUUUUGCUGAACUCUACAUUUUCAAAUGGACGGCUCUCCUCAUUCCUCCAACCACCGUCCUUGUGGUGAACUUGAUCGGAAUCGUCUCUGGUGUUUCCUCAGCUAUCAACAGUGGCUAUCAAUCAUGGGGCCCGUUAUUCGGGAAGCUGUUUUUCGCCAUCUGGGUCAUUGUUCAUUUGUAUCCUUUCCUAAAGGGUUUGUUGGGCCGACAAAAUAGGACACCAACAAUUGUUAUUGUGUGGUCGAUUCUUCUUGCUUCAAUUUUCUCGCUCCUGUGGGUGAGAAUCGACCCCUUUACCGGAGACGAUAAGCUUGAUUCUAUUAGAGGGCAAUGCGGGAUUGAUUGUUAGUUUUUCAUGCUUGCUUUGGUAUAUACACAAGAAAUGAAAGAAUACCAGAAAGAUGGUUUAUAUGUAUCUAUUUAUUUAUGACCUUCCUUUUUUCCCAAGUAGUAUUUUGGUAGUGAAAACAGAUGGGAAGGGAUGACUUCCCGAUUGCGAGUGUGGGAAUAUGAUGUAUAAAUAGAAGUCUUGUUUGUGUAGAAGUUGUUUAUUGGCAUUA